GAAGCCUAGUGCUGUCUCAUAAAGCAAAAGUUGCAUGCCUUCUUCAACGAAAAGGGGCUGUGGUUUAGUGGUAUAAUAUUCCCUUAGCAUGGGAGAGGUCCGGGGUUCGAUUCCCCGCAGCUCCAUAUUUUGUAUUUUUCUUUUUUCGUCCUUGUCGAUUCGCUUAGCCUAUGUCUACUUACCGUCGGUUGACUGUUCCCAGUCUGUCCAUGUUGCAAUGCCAUUUUCCGCCCAGGCGACACAUUUCUACAUCGUACAGAGCACCCCUCCCCAAAUGCCGUACCUCGCUGUCGCUAGAUCCAAAAACUUCUCCACUGCCACCACACUGCCAAUGGUCCGGUCAGAGCAUUCACGAACUAAUAUUUCAUGUCAACCGCUUAAGACCUCGGGAAUGACCAGAGGCCAGUGAUGGCCUACACAAGCAAAAUUACAAUGGUGUCAGCCUUUGCACAACAGUUAUCAGCGAUCAGUGUAUCUAGAUGGU